UAGGUAGAGAAAAUGCCAACUUUGCUCAAAAUAUGAAGUUAUAUCAUCCGCUUUUCCGAGAAAAAAAUAGCAAAAUACUUAACAAUGCUCCUAGCUCUUCAGUUAUAGGUAUUUUAAAAUCUGAACAAUACGCUGAGCAAACGUUAGGUUCAAAAAAUGUUUUCAUUAAUGUUCACCAACCUACAUAACAAUUAUUAUCGACAGCGUUGCGAUGCGUUAUAGGACUGCAAUGAAAAUUGGAAUCGAUUAGUAGAAAUUUAAUUUUUAACUGAAUGUUAUAAGGUGUGGGUUUGAUUUUUUACAAACUGCGAUCAGCAUUGAUAUAAAGAAAUAUUAUGAGAUUGGAAGCUGACCUCUGAGGAUUUAUGAGAAUUCAAAAGCGAAUCCUUCUACAUAUGAGUCGAAAACACAAAUCAUAUAAGAAAUGCCUGGAAACAUUAAAGUAGUGGUCAGGGUCCGACCAACAAAUGAAAAGGAAAAAGAUCAAAAUAACAGAAUUGUUGUCGAUGUUGUUGACGAUCACGUCGUUGUGUUUGAUCCUAAAGAAGAUCCACCAUUUUAUUUUCACGGAGCUAAACAACCAAUCCCUAAACGUGCUAAUAAAGAUUUGAAAUUCGUGUUUGACCAUGUUUAUACUCACGACGCGACAAACUACGAUAUUUUUGAGACCACAACAAAAGAGAUGCUAAGUUCAUUAAUGGAAGGAUAUAACUGUUCAGUGUUUGCAUACGGAGCUACAGGUGCUGGAAAGACAUACACAAUGAUUGGUAGUAAGGAACACCCGGGCAUUACUUACUUGACUAUGGAACAUUUAUUCUACUCUAUAAAUUCCUUUGAACAAGAUAGAGAAUUUGAUGCAAGAGUAUCAUACAUUGAAGUGUACAACGAAAAUGUUUAUGAUUUAUUAAAACCGUCAAGUACCCCUUUACAAAUACGGGAGGAUUCUAAGUAUGGAGUGACAGUUGCCGGGCUUACAUUAACUAAUAUAAGAACUGCGAGGGAAUUACUGAAUGUGCUUGAAGAUGGGAAUAAAAACAGAAAACAGCAGCCUACAGAAGCAAACCCAGAUAGUUCUAGAAGCCAUGCUGUAUUUCAGGUAUAUAUAAAAAUGAAGUUCAAGACCAGGGUCCAGAUCAGAAUGAAGCUUUCAAUGAUCGAUCUUGCAGGAAGCGAGAGAGCCUCAGCUACUGCUUCCAUUGGUGAAAGAUUAAGUGAGAGUACCAGUAUCAAUAAAAGCCUCCUUUCACUCGGGAAUUGCAUUAAUAAAUUGGCGGCUGGAAUUGUAUACAUUCCAUACAGGGAUUCAAAAUUAACGCGACUUCUCAAAGAUAGUCUUGGUGGCAAGUGUAAAACAGUUAUGAUUGCCAAUGUGUCUCCAUCAAGUAUGAGUUAUGAAGAUACAUACAACACACUGAAGUUUGCUGCCAGGGCAAAUAAAAUACAACUGAGCUGUAAGAAGAAUAUUGUGGACGGAAAUAUGAAGUUGUCGCAGUAUGUCAAAAUAACCGAAGAGUUAAAGAAGAAAGUCAAGGAAUUAGAAGCAAAGUUGUCUUUGUCUUCAGUUACAGCUAUGAAGAAACUUGAUCUUAAUUGGGAUAAACGUAAGCGGGAAUGGCGUAGUCGUAUUGAAAGUGAGGAACUUGCGUUCGGAGUCUUGGAGGAGCGCUUGUUGUCUGUAAUGAGGCAGCAGAGAGUAUUGGCACUGAGGCAGCGUCUGCGAAAGCUGACCUUCUCGCACGUAGCUGAACUUGCGCACAGAUCCUCUUUCGAAUCAAUCAACCAGACAAUCACAGAAGACCUACCGCGUCACAACCGAAUAACCGAACACUAUGCCAAACACUCUGCACUGUUGGAGGCAACUUUAAUGAAAAUUUGGACUGAAUGGGACACAAGUCGGAAAAGGUUAAAACAACUUUAUGACGCAGCACUUGCAGAGUUCCCGGAUCUGAUGGACUUUGUUGAGAAACUUAAACAGAAAAGCGAAGUACGUCAUGUGAAAGCAAGCGAUGAGUUGAGUUAUAAACUCUUGUCAAUUGAGAAUCAGGAGCUUAGUGCAGUUACCGACUAUAAUAGCGAAAUGAUCGCUUUGGUGAAAAAACUGUACCUAACACUAAAAGGUUAUGAUAAAGCGCCACCGUCUUUAACUGCUGAAUAUACAGAGCUUAUGAAGAAGGCUGCAGCCGCUGAAAAGAUAUCAUGGCUCGAUGAUGAGAUAGAAAACAAGAAAGACAUUAAAUAUUUUUCGUCAGUGGAUAUUAAAAAACCAAGUAUUAGUCUCGAUUGUUUCGAAGAUCUAAGUAAGAUUCUAGACAUAAAGACGAAAAGUUAUGAUUUAAGAAAUAUUGAGAAUCUUGAACCUCUAAAUACUUUACAAGGCACUAUAGAAUUGCAGAAUAAUGAAUCCAUUAUAAUUAUGAAUGAUUCACCAGAAAUCAUAAAUUCAGAGAAGGCAUUCAAUAUACCCAAGAAAAAGACAAAAGAAAUGAACACGGUAAAUGUUGAAAAUCUUGAUAUAGAUAACAAAAAGUUACCAUUGGUGAUGAACAAUAAGAUGGAGGUAUGGAUAAAACCUACUGCUAAAGUACAACCUACCGCUCUGUCGACGAAAAGAGAACUCAAUGAUAAAACUGAAACAUUUGAUAAACAACAAAACAGAGCAAAGAUAUUGAAGCCAGUGGUGGGUCGCGCUAUCCCGAUGCGACGACAUGCCGCGCAGCCGGCCAAACCUGUUGGGGGCUUUGGCUCUACUGUGAGCAGAGACUGUACUUCUGUGACCAGGACUAUACAAGCCAAAAAACUAACCGCCAACCAGAGGAACGCAGCUGUAAAUGAAAGAUCUGUUGGGCUCAAAGCAUUACGGGCAAGAGAACGCAUCCAGUCGCAUCCAUACUCUCGACCGACAGCCUCCAACACGAGUAAACGUCUGAACAGCCAUAAUAAAGAGAAUAAUAAUAAUUAAGUAGAAUCUGUCAAUCAUGUAAUAAAACUACUUUCAUUUCGUCUUUGUACGACAUAUUCUUGAGUCCUUUCGUCCAUUUAAGCUUUUGUUUAUUAAUUUGCUGGGUAUCCUGAUUUGUUUACACAACAUACUUGGUGGACAUUAUUAACACUUAUCUAUCAGUUAAUCGGAUAUAGAACGUGGUGCAUUAUAUAGACACACGGGUAGAGCUACUUAACCAUAAUCAUAAUAUUGAAAUGAUAUAUAUAGAAAACAAUAUUUGAAUCACACAAUGUUCAACAUGUCGCUGGCCGAUCUUAAAAUUAUUGGUGAUUGUUGAAUCAUUUACUCCAUGCACAUGUUUGAAAUAAUUAUAAUAUAGUUAUUGGCCGAUCUUACGCAAACUCAGCGUACUUGGCCGACAAUUAUUUUGUCGCUGGCCGAACUAACUCUUGUUAAACGUAACAUGUCCGCAACUUUUUUAGUAACGGAAUUUUAUUAAAAAGAUUCUCAAUUAAUUAAAUAAUUUCGGACUGUCUUACUAAUGUCUUCCUAAUGUUAGAGUACAUAAAAUGCGCAGCUCUGUUUAUUCACAGAAUAUGUUUCCGAACGUUGUUUCCUGGGAAAAUCGCACAUUCUACGAUUUAAAACAACUAUUGUUCAAGAUGGCGUCCUAUGUUCCUAUUUCAGCCAUGUGCUCAUAAUAUGUCAUCAAAAUAAUAGGAAAUGGUACUAAUAUUAGUUGUUAACAACAUGUAAAUUGUAAAAAUUGCAAAUAUGAAAUUGUAAAAAUUGAACGUCUAAAAUUGUAAACAAUGAAAUUGCCAAUAAAAUAUUUGAAUUACUAUUUAGUUCGUAAGUUUUUGCUAAUAAUAAUAAUCAAAAGCAACCAUAAAAAAUGUGUUUGUUAUGUUAUCCUAAACUGUCUCCUGACAAAAUAUAUCUCUUUUAUAUAUAAGUAUGUAAUCUUAUAUUAAAUUAUAACCUAAAUCUGUAGGUACUUUUAG